AGAUUUGGCAGGAAAAGAGAAAAGAUGGGAUAGAGAACAAAUGGAAUAGAGAAGAAAUAGCAAGAUGGUAAACUUAAACUCAACCACAUAAAUAUUACAUUAAGUGUAAAGAAGCUGAAUAAUCCAUUUAAAAGACACAUUUUUAGAAGGAAAAAGAAAGACCCAACAAUAUGCUGUCUACAGGAAAUGCCCUUUUUUUAAAUUUUUUUUGAGACAGAAUCUUUCUGUUGCCCAGGCUGGAGUGCAGUGGUGCAAUUAUGGCUCACUGCAGCCUCAACCUCUUAGGCUCAAGUGAUCUUCUGACCUCAGCCUCCUGAGUACCGGAGACCACAGGCAAGUGCCACCACACCUGGAUAAUUUUUAAAUUUUUGUAGUGAUGAGAUUGUACCAUGUGGUCCAGGAUGGUCUUGAACUCCUGGGCUCAAGUGCUCCUCCUGCCUUGGCCUCCUCAAGUUGGAUUUACAGGUGUUAGCCACUGUGCCUGGCAGGAAAUGCGCUUUAAAUAUAAGGCAUAAUUAGAUUAAAAGUAAGAGGAAGAAAAAUGAUAUACUAUGCAAAUACUAAUAAUGAGAAAGAUGUAAGGCUAUAUUAAUAUUAGAAAAGUAGACGUCAGGAAAAGGAAGAUAGCCAUACACAAAGAGGGACAUUUCAUAAUGAUAAAAUGUGUAAUUCAUCAAGAACACUUAAUAAUCCUAAUUACAGAGUUUCAACAAAAGCAAUAAAGCAAAAAUGGACAGAACUGCAAAGAAAAAUAGACAAAUCUAUAAUUAUAAUAGGGGAUUUCAACACUCCUCUCUUAAUAAUAGAUAGAACAAGUAGACCAAAAAAUCAGUAAGGAUGUUGAAGACUUGAGUAGCACUAUUAAACAAUUUGACUUCGUUGACAUGUAUAGAAUACUUCAUCUAACAACUGCAGAACAGAUUCUUUUCAAGUGCACCCGUAAUAUUUCUCAAGAAAGAUUAUGUCCUGAGCCAUAAAACAUGUCUUAAUAAAUGUGAAAUGACUGAAAUCAUUAAUAGUAUGUUUUCUGAUGAGAAUGGAAUAAAAAAGUAACAAAUAGAUAUCUUGAAAAAUCCCCAAAUAUGUGAAAAUUAAAGAAUACUCUUCCAAAUAACCUAUGUAUUAAAGAUAAAUCACAAAGGAAAUUAGAAAAUAUUUUGAACUGAGUUAUAAUGAAAACAUAAAAUAUCGAAUUUUGUGGGAUGCAGCUAAAGCAAUGCUUAAGAUAUAAAUGUAUGACUUCAAAUGCCUAUGAAAAAAGAAGAAAGAUUUUAAGUUCAUUAUCCAAACUUCCACUUUAGGAAGCUAGAAAAAGAAAAUUAUUCUCAAAUGAAAAAGAGGAAGGAAAUAAAGACUGAAAUGAAAAUCAAUGAAACAGUAAAUGGAUAACAAAUAGAGAAGCAGCUCUCAAACAUUUUGGUCUCAUGAUCACCUUACACUCUCAAAAAUUAUUGAGAAUCCUAGAAUCUGGUUGAUGUGUUAUAUAUCUACCAAUGUUUACUACUUUAGAAAUUAAAACAGAAAUUAAAAAGUUAUUUUAUUAUUUAUUUAAGAAUAAAAAUAAACUCAUACAUGUAAACAUGAAUGAUGGACUUUUAUGAAAAAACUAUAUUUCCUAUAAGAAAAAAAUUAGUGAAAAGAAUGGUAUUAUUUUUUAGUUUUUCAAAUUUCCUUAAUGUCAGGCUUAAUGUCUCUUCUGCAUUGUUUAUUGUUUUGAUUGAAGUUUAUGAAGAAAACCUAGCCUCAUACAGAUACACAGUUGGAAGUGAAGGGGUAGUUUAAUAGCCUUUUCAAGUAAUUGUGCCUUUUCAAAUUACUGUUUACACUCUGCCAGAACUUGACAAGUGGUAGAUUUUUGUAAUGUAGAAUAUAAAACUGAACUUUUGUACUCAUUACGUUAAAAUCUGUUGGCCCUUCACUGUGAAUGGGCCUUUCACCCAUGCAUAACUUUGUAAAAUCAUUGGAAAAUAUUGGUUUACUUAGUUAUGCAGAUUUUCCAAAAGUUGACACAUUUCAUUAUACAGUACUGUACAAUAUCAAAAAAGAAUUGCCUUCACUCAUAUCACCACCAGUGUCAUCAGAAAAGUCUUUAAUUAUUGGAAAGCUGUUGUGUUCAUGGUAGCACAUACACAUUUUCCAAAAUUCAAAUUUUCACUUGAAAGCUCAAAUUUUAACAUUGGCAACAAAUACUUUCAGUCAUUUUUCUUAAAGUCACAGAUUCUAACUUAGUUUAUUUUUGAGAAAAAGCCUGCCAAAUACUUAGGUCAAAAUAACCAUAGUUCUAUUGUGAUUCAUUCUUUGAAAGUAAAAAUGAUGUCCCAUGAUAAAACCAGCUAGUUCAGUUCACAACUCAAAACAACUGCACAUGUGUUUUCUUGAGUCAGCAUCAUACUUCUGUGUACAGCAGCAGUGCUUUAUGCAUACUUGCCAUUUCAUCACACAAAAUAAUUAAAUGCAUGUGCAUUAAAAGAUCAAUACUUAAUAAAUUAGUAAUUUUUACAAAGAUUAUUUAUAAGAUAUACAUAUAUGUAUUUUUUUAUAAUACGUAUGAACCCCAGUAAGGAUGAGAUAUUGGCCCUCCAGGGUAGAAGGGGGUUGAUAUAAUCAUCUUCCUACCAAAUAGCUAGUUGGUUUCCUUCAGGAAUGUAGCACAUCAAAGGCUUGGCAUUGCUUUCUGAUGCUAACAGAUUAGACAUUCAGAGCAGUAGUAGCUAGAUCACCUUUGUUCAGAGGAAACUCGUGCUGUUUUAUUGGGUGAAUGAAUAGCCUCCAAUCCUGCCAACACAAUUAUACUCUUUUCCUGAGCACAGUGUGUAGUGCAGAGGUUGACGAGGACAGGAGCUAGCUGACCUCUACUGGAGGAGUCAUCCUAUCCACUUGGUUGUUGAGUGCUUCCUCUUCAGCGGAUACCCAUUGGUGGGCAUUGGUAUGAGAUUUUAAAAAGCCACACAGAUUAUACCCACUCCUAUAGGUCUAGCCAUGUGCUUCUUCCCCAGAUGUUUGAAUUUUGCUCUAAGGCCCAACCAACCAGACAAGCCAUUCAUCACUGCUUGAAGGUCCAUAUGUAUUCUUACUCAGGCCACUUCUCCCUUUACAACAAGCUGAUGACCAGGUGUACUGUGUGAAGCUCUACAUACAGGAUUUCCCCUCACCACUGUCUUUUAGGGCCGCUCAUGAAUGGGGGAUUGUGACGGUUGAUACUGAGUGUCAACUUCAUUGGACUGAAGGAUGCAAAGUAUUGAUCCUGGGUGUGUCUGUGAGGGUGUUGCCAAAGGAGAUUAACAUUUGAGUCAGUGGGCUGGGAAAGGCAGACUCACCCUUAAUCUGGGUGGGCACCAUUUAAUCAGCUGCCAGGACAGCUAUAAUACAAAGCAGGCAGAAAACAUGAAAAGACUAGUCUGGCCUAGCCUCCCAGCCCACAUCUUUCUCUUGUGCUGGAUGCUUCCUGCCCUCGAACAUCAGACUCCAAGUUCUUCAGUUUUAGGACUUGGACUGGCUUUUCUUGCUCCUCAGCUUGCAGAUGGCCUAUUGUGGGAUCUCGUGAUUGUGUGAGUUAAUACUUAACAAACUCUCAUAUAUAUAUAUAUAUAUGUAUGUAUGUAUAUAUAUGUCUCCUGUCUACAGAACCCUGACUAAUACAGAUUUUGGUACCAGGAGUGGUUCUAAAGGAACAGAAUAUUAAGGAUGGAGUUCUUUCAUUGGUUUUGGGGCUUCUGGAGUUGGCUGCUUAAUAUGAUUAGACCCAAAAAUGCGGACUCUACUCCUAAAUUUUUUUUCUUUUUUUGAGAUGGCGUCUCACCCUGUUGCGCAGGCUGGAGUGCAGUGGUGCGAUCUCGGCUCACUGCAACCUCUGCCUCCCGAGUUCAAGCGAUUCUCCUGCCCCAGCCUCCGGAGUAGCUGGGAUUACAGGCACGGGCCACCACACCCGGCUAAUUUUUAAAAUAUUUUUAGUAGAAACGGGGUUUCACCAUCUUGGUCAGGCUGGUUUCGAACUCCGACCUCGUGAUCUGCCCGCCUUGGCCUCCCAAAGUGCUGGGAUUACAAGCGUGAGCUACCAUGCCCAGCAGGACUCUACUUCUAAUAGUAUGGAGAACAUGAUAGUCCUUGGCAUGAACUGUUUAGAGAGUUAUGCAAAAUAAAUGCAUUUGACACUCCUGAUUCACCGCUCAUGAAAGGCAAGGAUUUUAGUGACUCUAUACAUAAUACCUUUGACCAUAUGUGGAGAGCCAAGGAACAUAAUGAAGCUGGUUGUUUGCUCUUAAGUUCAGUGGACAAAGUGAUGAAAGAAAAUGAUGAACUCAGGGAUUCUAACACCCAGUUUCAGAAGCAGAUACUGAGCCUCAAAUCUGCCAAGAUUACCCUGAGUGAGAGUCUUAUCUCCUGUAGAGAAAGAGCUGAAACUGUGGAAAAACAGACAUAAGCGCUUAUCAUGCGAGUGGCUGACCUGCAACAAAAGAUGCACGCACAGCCACCUGAGGUGUCUACUGCUAAAGUGAGGGCAUUGAUUGGAAAAGAAUGGGACCCUGCAACUUGGAAUGGGGACUUGUGAGAGGACCCUGAUGAAGCUGGGGACACUGAAUUUGUAAACUCUGCUGAACCUUUUUGGCUAGAAGAAAAGCUUUCCCAUCCCCAGUAGUGACAACAUCCCCUCCCUGACCCAUGCUGCCAUCAGCCUUUCUACCUUUGUCUAAGGAGAUAAACCCUGUGCUGCCUGAGGCAAAAGUGAUGGCCUCUUCUGAGGCAGUUGUCAGACAAUGUAAUGUUGAUUCUCCUCAGGAGCCACCCCCAACACCCCCAUUUGCUUCUAGACCUGUAACUAGACUAAAGUACUGGUGGGCCCUUAGAGGUGAGGUUGAGAGUGUGACCCAUGAGAAGGUGCACUACACUUGAAAAUAACUACUUGAAUUUUCUCAUUUGUAUAAGUAGAAAUCUGGAGAACAGGCAUGGGAAUGGAUAUUAAGGGUAUGGGAUAAUGGUGGAAGGAACAUAGAGUUAGAUCAGGCUGAAUUUAUUGCUUCAGGCCCACUAAGUAGGGACUCUGCCUUUAAUGUUGCAGCUCAGUGAGUUAAAAUAAGGUUCUAAUAGUUUAUUUGCUUGGUUAGCUGAAAUACGCAUCAAAAGAUGGCCCACUGUGAGGGAGCUGGAAAUGCCUGAUCUCCCUUGGUUUAAUAUAGAAGAAGGCAUCCAAAGGCUUAGGGAGAUUGAGAUGGUGGAGUGGAUUAGUCACUUUAGAUCUACUCAUCCCAGCUGAGAGGGUCCAGAAGAUAUACCCUUGAUCAAUGCCUUGUGAAAUAGAUUUGUGAGGGCAGUACCUGCAUCUUUGAAGGGUCCUGUAAUUGUUCUUCUCUGUAUGUCAGAUCUAACAGUGGGAACUGCAGUCACUAAACUACAAAAUUUAAAUACAUUGGGAAUAAUUGGAUCCCAAGGUGGCAGGGGCCAAGUGGUGGCACUCAACCAUCAAAGGCAAGGUGGGCAUAGCUACUGUAAUGGGCAGCAGAGGCAAAGCAGCAAUCAGAAUAGUCUGACUCGUGUAGAGCUCUGGCAUUGGGUAAUUAAUCAAGGUGUUUCUAGAAGUGAAAUUGAUAGGAAGCCCACUGCAUUCCUACUUAAUUUAUAUAAGCAGAAAACUUCUAGAUCGGAUGGACAACAGACUAAUUUGAAUUAUAAACAUAGAGAAUCACAGCUCCUCAAUCAAUUUCCAAACUUGAGCCAGUUUACAGACCCAGAACCUCUUGAAUAAAGGGGAGGCUGUGUCCCCUUGAGGAAGGACCCCAUUACACUACCGACAACUUAUGCUGUUAAUAUUUCUCCCAUCCUUCCCCAAGGAGACCUAUGGCCUUUUACCAGGGUAACUGUGCACUGGGGAAAGGGAAAUGGUCAGACAUUCUGGGGACUACUGGACACUGGUUCUGAGCUGACAUUGAUUCCAGGGUACCCAAAAUGUCAUUGUGGUCUUCCAGUUAAAGUAGGGACUUAUGGAGGUCAGGUAAUUAAUAGAGUUUUAGCUCAGGUCUGACCUCGGUCCAGUGGGUCCCUGGACUCGUCCUGUGGUCGUUUCCCCAGUGCCAGAAUGCAUAAUUGGCAUAGACGUACUUAGCAGCUGGCAGAACUCCCACAUUGGCUCCCUGACUGGUAGGGUGAGGGCUAUUAUGGUGGGAAAGGCCAAAUAGAAGCCCUUAGAGCUGCCUCUAUGUAGAAAAAUAGUAAAUCAAAAAUAAUAUUGCAUCCCGGGAGGGACUACAGAGAUCAGUGCCACAAUCAAGGACUUGAAGAUGCAGGGGUGGUGAUUCCCACCACAUCCCUGUUCAACUCUCCCAUUUGGCCUGUGCAGAAGGCAGAUGGAUCUUGGAGAAUGACAGUGGAUUAUCAUAAGUUUAACCAAGUGGUGACUCCAAUUGCAGCUGCUGUACCAGUUUUUCUAGUCCUAGAUGGAAAUAAAUUUCAUCUGCCUCAGUUUUCUGGUAUAAAAGGUGCAAUCCCAGUUACCUCACAGGCCUGGGUGAGGAAAAUGCCAAGAGCUGUAAAAGGGCCUGGAAAAGUAAAAAAGGUGAUGUAUAAAUGUAAUGAUUAUCAUUUUGUGCUCAAGAAUAAGCCAUGGAACACAAAAUAGGAAAGUAAGUCUACAGCCCUAAAAUAUAUGCAUAUAAAACUUUAAAAUAAUGCAGUUCCAACUCUACAGAUGGUAUCUGGGGAUUGUCUACUGCUUUAGAGUCUCAAUGCCCCUUUUCUCACGUGGGUGUUGAUUUCCAAAAAGGUAGCAGUGUCGUCUGUAAUGUGGGUGUUGAUUUUCAAAAAGGUAGCAGUAUCGUCUCUAACGCAGUGGUUAGUCAUGUUAAGUGCAACAUGCACGUUAAAGAGUUUUAAUUUUUAUUGCAAACAAGUAAGGGAAGGAGACUCUAAAGCCCUGGCUGGAGGAAGCUCUGCGGUAGAGUAGUGGUCGCAUUUUUGUGUGAACAAAGGGCUAGACAGCUGCCACUCUGAGGCGAGGGCCCUAGGCCAGGAGACGCUGAGUGCCUGGGAGGCUCUCGAUGAGGUGGAGGGCCCUGAGUCCACCGAGAGCUGCGAAGAGAGAGAGGACUCAUCUGAGUCAGGACUGCACGGCGCGACCCCGCCCAGGCCCCGCCCCUCGGACGGCCUGGUGGCCCCGCCCCGCCCCCUCGUCCCUCCCGGGCGCUCCAAGUUCCCGCCAGAACCCAUAGCCGGCGUGGAAACCGCUGCGAGGCGGCGCCACGACGGAGGCUGAGGUCGCCGGCAGUAUCCAUGGCGUCCCAGGGCGGCAGCUCCCUGGGGCUCCUGGCCCGGUUCUUGCUUCUUCAGCCAUGGCUCGAAGAGGCCCGGGCAGGCAGGGUGGGUGCGCAGGGAGGCGUAGCACUGCUCUUCCCCUCCGCGCUCCCCUCAGGGCCAGGCGGCCAGGACCCCGGAGCGAGCGGAUGGGAGCCGCCACCUGUAGGGGCUCCAGGAUCCCCAGCGGCCCCCCAGUCCAGGGGGAACGCAGUGCCCCCCGCUUCGGUGUUACUUCCCUCAGCCUAUGGCCAGCGGACUUCAAGGAUAACUGGAGGAUUGCCGGCCCCAGACAGGAAGUGGCCCUGGCAGGUGAGCCUGCAGACCAGCAACAGAUACAUCUGCGGAGGCUCCCUUAUCGCCAGGCACUGGGUACUCACUGCCGCUCACUGCAUCUCUGGGUGAGGGUUUGGGGCUCAGAGCUUGGGCCCUGAUCAGGCUGUGGGACCUGGAGCCAGUCUGUCCCCCUCCCUGAACUUCCUCUUCCUCAUCUGUAAAAGGGGGUGACAGCCCCAUAGUUUUUAUCCAGUCUGGGUGAGACCUGAGGAUUUGCAUUUCUAACAAGUUUCUGGGUGUUGCCGCCGCCGCUGAUCUGGGGACCACUGGCUAAAGUGGUCAGGGGUCCUGGAGGGAUGUGGCUUGGAGAGAGGGAGGUAGCUGCUGGCUGGCAUAGGAAGAUGGUACCAGGCGGGAAGCACCUCGAAGGUGUGGAAGCAGAGUGUAGACCCGGGAGGAUCUUCCUGCAGCCAUCUGGAAUACACAGUGAAGCUGGGAGACACAAAUGUGCAUCAUCGCUCCAAAACAGCACUUGUGGUCCCAGUUCGUGAUGUCGUUAUCCACCGAUAUUUUACGUCUCCUGGAAUAAUUGAAAAUGACAUUGCCCUUGCUCUGCUUGACUUCCCUGUGAAUUACUCCACGCACAUCCAGCCUGUGUGCCUCCCUGAACAGGCUUUCAUGGUGCAAGCUGGUACGAACUGCUGGGUGACCGGAUGGGGCAAAGUAAAUGAAACAGGUGAGACUAUGAAGCAAGACUACAGCAGCCCCAGACCAGGGAAAAUGUUGCUUGGUGCCCUGGGGUUGAUCUACAAGCUAAAGGGAGGGACAGAGAGGCAGAUUUUUUUAGUAAGUCAGGGAGGAGGGUGCAGUAGAUGCUGCCUGGGAAUAAUUUUAACAACUGGUCUAUGAAAUUCUUUUGGUUUGUCAGGACCUGGGGAUUUGGGUGCCAGGCAUGGUGGGUUCUCUCUAGGGUGGAUUUUACCUCUGGGGGCGAUGAGCUAGCUGUCUGCCCUUUUAAGCUGUCCCUCCCUGGAAGUACCUGCCUUGGUAGAUAGGAAGCUUCCUGUGUGUGAGAAGAGGCCAGAGACCUUUCAGAGAGGUGUAGGGCCUCCUAUCCUUGGUGAGAGGCUGGAUUUGGUACCUUUGGGGCAUUACCUGUCUGACAGUCUGUGAUUCUGCUCUAGAAAGUAUAGAUGCUUUACUGAUGUACAGGAUACUGUGUCACUAUUAGUACUACUAUUCAGAGUGACAGAUGCUUGGUUUUGGUUUCUCAGGGUGGUAACGCCUUGCCUUCCCUUUCCUGUCUGUUCUUAUUUCCCCUGUUUUGGUUUGGAUCUUAUGUCCUUAUCUCCCCAUGUCAACAUUGGGCCUCAUAUCUUCCUUUGUCAGAUGGGACAAUAUCCAAUGCUUAAGAGCGUGUGUGUGUGUGAACACAUGGUAUUGAGACCCAGAGUGGGUAUGGGGUUCUCCUGUCCUGUCCCACUUAUACACACCCACUCAGUUGUAAAUUGUCUCUCUGUAGAUUCAUCAGAAAAGGUAGUAACUGAGCUUCAGGAGGCUGAGCUAAGCAUUAUUCUUCAUGAUAAAUGUAAUGAGGUGCUCAAGGAAAAGAUAAGAAUGAGGAGUGAAAUGGUCAAGAAAGGGACCAUCUGUGGCUAUAAUGACCAAGGGAAGGAUGCCUGUCAGGUCAGCUCAUGGGCCUCUUGCUGCCUCAGCAUUGCAAUUGUCUCCUCAAAGCUUCCUCAUCCCCAACCAGUAGGGCCUGUGUUAUCUCCUAGCCCCUCCGUUUACCCUUAUUCAUGGUAAUGGGACGUGAGGACAAGCCACCAAGGCUUUCCUGGGCAGCCUACCUGAUCCUUCAAAAGAGAGCAGCUGACACAGCCUGGAGCGGGAGGAGGGGUGAAUCAGGCAGGUCCCACCAACAAUACAUGCUCCAUGUUUUGAGACCCUUCUGUGUGACAGGCAGUGUACUCAGGUUAGCACUUGACUCAUUAUUGUCUCAGAGUAGGCACGAUUUCAUUAGGUAUAUUCCGUUUUUUGAAACAUGCCUUUUUAGUAGGUACAUGAUUUUGGUUUAUUGGAAAUUGUCAAUUCUCAGAUCUCAUAUUGACAGAUACCUAAGGCUAGGAGGGUCUUAGGGGUUCCUGGGGAAGCCCCCUGAGUGCCUAGCUCUGUAGCGCAUUGCAGUGCAAUUAGCCUGCUCUGAUGUGGAUCCUAUUUCUUUCCUACAGUGACUGUCUUUCUUUUUCCAGGGAGAUUCUGGGGGGCCCCUGGUCUGUGAAUUAAACGGCACAUGGGUCCAGGUGGGGAUUGUGAGCUGGGGCGUUGGCUGCGGUUGCAAAGGAUACCCUGGAGUUUACACAGAAGUUAGUUUCUACAAGAAAUGGAUUAUUGAUCACCUGAGACAAGCUUCCUGUUUGAAUUCAACAGACUUCCUCAUCCUAGUCCUGUGUCUGGUGAUGCCCCUGGGCAUCCUGGUGACCCCGUGAUCAGACCCCAUUCUACUCUUCUGCUGUUUCUGAGUCUCACACUUAGGUGUCUCCUGUGACCAACUUCCCACUCCUUCUCAAUGCCCUUUCCGCAAAUCUCAGUUAGAAUCCACGGGCCCUCUGGAGAUCCGUACAAUAGAGCAUGGCAGGGAGACUGGGGCCUGGAAAGUGCCCCUGCCUGGUGCUCUGGUCACUUGCCUCAGCCAUGCCUGCACCAGGGCUGUGCUCUGGCUGGUGGGAAGGAGGGAGUGAACCGAUUCCAGCUAGAGGGCCAGCCUCCCUGCCAAGUGGGCCACGGUGACUCAUCAAUAUCUGGAGGAACAUCUAUCAAAGAAGAGACAUCAUCAACGGUGAAGCAAGCGUUAGACGUGGUUCUGGUUUCAGGGCUCUCACCUGAGACUUUGUGAAACCAGCCAGCUGGGUGAUUGCUCACAGAGAGUGAAGGAGGCGUUACCAGGUCCCUGCAGACGUGUGAGGCCUGGGUCUUCCACUCUGGCUCAGUAGUCUGGGGCUGGGAGAAGUUCCCCUGCAGCCCAGUGUGGAUCCAUCUGUGAGUGGACAGCCUCUGCCACACCAGCUCUCUUGGGGCAACCCAUUCUUGCACCUCUUUCCUCAGUGCCCUAGUGGCCACUUUCAGGGACACUACAAAUUGUAUUGAGUUUGUUAUGGGGUGUGGAGUUUUCGGAAAUCAACUAAAUAAAUAUUUGGGGAGUCUCCUGUGUUUCUGAAGCUCUGCUCACUGGGGUGUGAGGUUGUAUAUAACAUACUCUGUAAAGAAUUGGCUUCCGAUUUAUUAGGAAGAUAUUCAUGGUUUUUAUUAAACUCUGGCAGAGCCAGGGAUGAGGAGCUUGUCUGCCCUCAUUUAAGUCUGACAGGUGGCUUUACCCAGUGGGUCCUGCUGCCUGUUUUUGUUUUUUUGUUUUUGUUUUUGUUUUUUGUUUUUGUUUUUUUUGCCAUCAGCAUCUCUGUAGCUGGGAGUGUGGUACUUGAGUUUAACAAACCCUGCAUCAGGAGUGGGGCAUCAAGAGGGACAGAGACUGGGGUGUGGCACACUCAGACACCUUCCUGCUUCUCCUUGCUGCUCUAUAACAAGUGUGCCUUGAGGAGACAAAAUGGACUAUGGGCUGGUCCUUGAGCCCAAAGAGCUGAGUAUCCACAGGGAGGAGGGUGGGAAGGAAGAGCUCAUUCUCUCUUUGUAUGUGUAUGUUUGUGUGUGCAUGCAGGAGAGAGAGAAA